AUGGUAUCGGCGGCCCCCUUGCUGCCCACGGAUUUCGACUCGGCGACAACAACAUCAGUUGGCCCGGUUUUGUGGGAUCCGGUCACGGGGCCGACGUGUGAUGAUAUCACCCAAAAUACUUUAAGUGAGGAAGAAGGAGAAACUGAAGGUUGGUAUAGCAACGGCACCGGACUGCUGGCUCGCAUCAGUGAUGUGCGCCCUAGCCAAAAGCAACGCUGGCUUCAUCAAAGACCUCUUCACCGACCAAACCAAGGCCGACGAUUCCCCAACAAGCUCUGCCGUCGUGGCCGCGACAGCAAAGUGUGGGACCCUGAUACGUUGAAAGAAGAGGAUCAGGACGUGACGUUGAGUGAUGCGGGGAAUGGGGACGGAAAUGAUGAUUCUAGUAUCUCUGUGUGGUGGCCGAGUGCCCUGCAAGCUGCCGUCAGGAAACACGGAGGAUCUGGUAUAACCGACGGCAAAUUCAACGACGAUGGAGGAUUCGCCCAUAAAGCUUUAUCAUACUUGUCUGGAUAUGAGGCUGUUGCCGAGAUGGACGAUUCGAAAUGGUGGGACAUGCUGAAAAGCCACAUUGAUACAAGUCCAAUGACUGUGUGUACCAACUCCAAGACGAGUAAACUUAAAAAACGUCACUGUUAUGCGGCAAUGACUGUGGUAGAUGACAAAGUCAGACUGCAUAAUCCUUGGGGCGACACCCAAAACUACGAGAUGAGCAAGAUCAAAGACGACAUUGAGUACGUCGCCCAUUUCAAAAAUUGGGACGCCUAUUUAGGAUGA